GAAUGAGGAGUGGUGGGGCGGCUGGGAGGACAGCUGCUGAAUACCUGAGAUAUUUUGGCAAACAAGCUGAGACAGAAAGAGCAAAAGAAAGGAACAAAGCUGCUGCCUAAAGACUGCUGUGUUAUCCACUGGAAUUCAGGAGAAUUAGAGACAAAGAUAAAGAUAGAAAUGCAAUAAAGUGAGAGAAAAGAAGAGAGAAGCCACGUGGAUAUUCCAACAAUCUCUGUUCACAGGCACAGGCUUCAGUGCCUGAGACCAAAAAAUAAACAAAUGGCUGGGUCUACACUGUCAUCACUGGUUACUGGGUGGAGUACUGUUAUUAAAUCUCUUGGAAACAAGCGCAAAAUAAGAAAGUGAAAGAGUAAAGGCUCGGCUAGAGAGAGAGAAAAAGGGAUAAAUAUAACACAAAAACCUUCAGAGAAAGAGAGAGAGAGAGAGAGAGAAAGGAAAGAGAUAUUUAAAGCACAGAAAGAAGAACGACAGAGAGACAAAGAAACAGAAUCAAGAGGAGAGCUCUGAUUUGUCAUGUUAGAGAAGUAGUUGAUACAACCAGAGAUGAAUAAAGCUGCUCGUCUCCAAGGGAUCCAGGCAGGGGAUGGGAGGACACUGUCCAGAGCAGAGUUUCUCUCACUGCUGAAAACCUACAACUGCUUCCUAAAGGACCAAACUCAACUUCACCUCGCUUACUCACAGGGUGCUGAUGGAGAGGUGGUGGUGGAAGGCUUCCUGAAUAUCUCCUGGGGAGUGCGGAGACCCAUCAGGCUGAAAAUACAGGACGACAAGCAGAUGCUUCCCUUUGCUCCUCUGAUCUCACCUGACCCCACCAGUCCAGUCAGCCCGAUCGGAAACAAGAGGGGUAUGACACGAUGGGGAGAAUAUGUUGACCUUCACCAGAUAGAUGAGAUGGCUGAGACACCACAGGACACAGUAGUCACUGCUCCUUUACCAGGUCCAGUUGUUUAUGAGACCACCACACUGCGUCCUGUGAGGCAGAAGAACUCAGAGCUGGAGGCGGAGUCCAACCUGUUUCGCUGCAUGAGUGACGCCUCAUUGGUUAAGAGGAGGAGGGGAAAGGGAAAGUCAGCAGCACAAAGAGAGAAAGAAAGACAACACCGCUUUUCUAUCAAUGGACACUUUUAUAACUAUAAGACCUCUAUCUUCACUCCAUCCUUCGGUACGCCAACUAAAGUUCGUAUCUCCAGCAUGAUGACCACGAACCAGGUCAUUGAACAGUUACUAAACAAGUUCAAGAUAGAGAAUGAUCCCCAGGAGUUUGCUCUUUACUGUAUUCACCAGAGUGGAGAAAAGAGAAAGCUCAACAACAGAGACCAGCCCCUAUGGGAGCGCAUACUACAGGGACCCUCUGACGACAUCAUGAGGAUCUUUUUGAUGGAUAUGGACGAAGAGGAAGUCAGCAAUGAUGUAGCCCAGUAUUUGAACUUGGAGCUUCCUAUCCUGGAGCAGGUUCUACUGAAACUCAGAGAGGAGGAGAACAGAGAGAUACAGAGGGUCAUUGGCAAGUACCAACAGCAGCACAGACUCCUAUCCCAUAUGCUGAACUGUAAGACGUCACAUCACAUUGAGACCAGCGUUUGAUGACUGCUGAUCUAAGUCACUGACCAAUCAUUCAUCGCAGUACCACCAUAAGGAUGAACGAGUAACUGUGGAUGAAACACUGUACAUUUUUUUACAAGGUCUUUAACUUUAUAAACAAGGUUAAAGUUGCAAAAAAAAAGUUGCUUAAUUUUUUAAACUGUAAAAUACGUACAAAAUAAAUGUGUAAGCUGAUGUAAAUAACUGUAAAUCAGUGUUGUGUGUUCAUAAAUAAAUAAAAGUUGUGGGACCAUUA